AUUUGUUUGGCAGUGGAUGGAGCAAAGGAUCCUUUUGUGUCUGAAAGGUGUGCAUUCCUGGUUGACUCCGAGGCCCAGGAGUUGACCUACCUUAUCUCCCACAGUGCUCCUUGUAUCACAACUGAUGAUGGUCCACAGCUUCGGCUCAUAUUGGGUGGUUUGCAGUAUGUUCUCUCCUGCCCCGUCAGCCCUCAGCUUCCCUAUUCUCCAUCCCUGCCUCAGUAUCCUCCUCAGUUUCCCAGUGACCUUUUGUUUCCAUACUUGCCAGUUCCAACCCACCCUGUUCCCACUACCACUCUCCCUCCCCCUCAUCGAGCCCCAGUUAAGGAGCAGACGAUGCAAAACCCACUCUACCAGCACCACCUCUCUUCUGGUUUCCAGUACCACCAACUACUUCCAGUCGUCCCCCAUAUCCUAUUAGGGAUCCCUCAUCCACCUCAGGCCACCACUGACCGCUUCCCUGAGUCCAUGCCACAGCACGUCCAGAACCCACCUGGAUCUGAAAAGUUAUUGUAUUCUUUAGGGAGCUAUCUGCAGUACUUUCCUCCUCACUUUCAUCUGAAGGAUCCUUCUGAACAUCAGGUUUUUCAAUUUCCUCAUCACCCACCUGUCUUCUAUCCCUACCUGCCGUUCUAUUACCAGGAAUUGAUUGCAGCAGCUGAAGACCACUCCAAGUCUCCAGUGGGUCCAUAUUAUCCUCAGUACUAUCAUCAGAAACCUGAUCAUCCUGUAUUCACGGCAAUACCAGUGACCCAAGCUCCUGUACCUCGUCCUUCUUUUCCACCAAAACAGCCGUUAACCCCACAGCAUCAAACCAGUUCAUUUUAUCCACCCAUGUCCUACUACCAUCCAGUAUUUUCUUACUCUGCUUUACAUCCUGCUGCUACUCCACCUGUUGACACCCCUGAUAGUCUUGGGCAUCCUUCCAGCCAAUCUCCUAUCCAAACUCCUUUUCACUUUCAGCUGCCUCCAUAUCUGCUGCCAGUCCAAAAGGAGCCUAAGAAACCGGCAGCCAGUCCUCACAUGUUCUACCAAACGUAUCACCCUAAACUCCAUCCCUUUUCACCCCAUUAUCCGAAGAUUCCUUCUCCCCCGAACUGGAUCACCCCUCUGGAAUCCCGCGUCCAGUGUCUGAAGGACAGUAUGGCUGCUUUCCUGCCCUAUGCCGACCCAGAAUCCAUCCAUGUUAGAGACCCAUUUAUGUCAUGGCAGUCGCUCUCCAGCGUGUCUCCGUUCUGUGGGUACAUGUUGCAGGCGACUGCAGGCCACGGCUUAAUCCUCCACUCUCCUCUGCCGGCCUGCCACAGCCAGUUACAGACUCCCACAACCAUUUCUCUACCCAUAAGUUAUUGGGAUUUCUUCACUUGGCAGAAUCGGACCCUCGAUUUACAGUGCCCAUAUCAAAGCCCCCUUGAUCCUCCAGAAGAAACUCCGUGGACUUUCCCCACCGCUCCGAGCGCCACCGAGGAUGAGUCGGGUCCAUCCAUUGCCACAAAGACCGAAGUCUUCUGCUCCUUCCAGCAGAUGAAGGUCGUGCUUCCUCCUGGACCCAUUUCAGAAAUAGUUCUUAAAGACACCAAUGGGAACCAGAUGAGCCUUGCUGAAGCGCCUAAAGAAUGUGGAUAUUAUGCAAGUGAGGCCAAGGAUGGCAAAAUCCAUUUGUUUCUCCAGUUACAUUCACACUGUCAUAUGAGCGUGCAGGGUAAAAUGUACAUCAUUAGCAUCCUCUACACAACGCAGAGGGGAAAAAAGGAGGCAAAGGUUUCCUGCCCGCUUGUGAUCCCAAGGUCUGAGCAUGAGUGCAACCUUCACAGCGAAUACCGCCUCCCCUGCGGAUCCAGCUCUAUAUCCGAGACACAGUGCCUCUCCAUGGGCUGCUGCUUCAACAAGCACCCCCCUGCCUGCUACUACCCAAUGGAUGAGUGCACUAUUGACCGCCACAUGAUCUUCUCUGUGCCCGCCUCCCUCACGGACCCCCCUCUUUCUACUGCGCUGCUGGCCGCUGCCAGCAACUCCACCUGCAGACCUCAGAGGGUGACCCCUGAGUAUGCAUUGUUCAAAAUCCCAAUGGAUGGCUGUGGGACACGCAGAGUGGUGGUGGGGAAGACCGUCGUCUACAUGGUGGAGAUUACGAACACAAUACAAACUGUCAGCCUUAACUAUGGCACCAUCACAAGAGAUUCACCUGUCAGGUUAUUGGUGGAGUGCAGAUACGUGCCAGGAACAGUUCUCGGUGUGAGCUACGUCGUUAAAACUCCCACCCUUGGUCCUGAUGUCCAUACUCAGGGGGUGUUUGGAGUCCAGCUCAGGAUAGCCAAAGAUGCCCAGUACACCAGUUACUACCCACAGUAUCACCAGCCUCUGCACAUGUUGCUGGGGAAACCUCUCCACCUUGAAGUGCGCCUCCUCAGCUCCCCAGAUCCCAGUUUGGUGCUGCUGGUGCACUUCUGUGUGGCCUACCCCCGCUCUGGAAAUGCAGCGUGGGUGUUGCUUUACAAUGGAUGCCCUAACCCUCUGGACCCAGCCCCACCAGAGACAGUUCUGUCAGACCCAACGCCGCCGUCUCCUCAAAGUCAGACUCGCCGCUUCACCAUUCGCACCUUUCAGUUCCUCCCGGAUGGGGAGUUCCAGGAUAUGGAUGAGGAGAUCUACUUUAUGUGUUCAACUGAGAUCUGUUCUCCUCGAGAUGGUCCUUGUGUUGAGGGAUGUUUUGGUCAGUGACAAUGGAAAAAUGGAUUUAAUUCACAGCAUCCUUGAGUUCCAGUGGAAGAUAUGAUACAAAUAACCUCCAAUAAAAGCUCUUGAAAAACUUUAAA